AUGAAUGAACAAAAUAUUGAAACAUUUUUAUCAUCGGAUGAAUUACGAUUAAAAAUAAUGAAUGAAGGUAGAACAGAUCGUGUAGAAGUUAAUCAACGAAUGUUAAUUGAUAAAAUGUUGGCACGUUAUUCAUCUGAAUUUGUUGUUUAUCGAGAAUUAAUUCAAAAUUCAGAUGAUGCUCAAUCAACAUCAUUUACUCUUGAAAUAACUUGUGAUCCAUCGACUGCAAAAAUAAAUUAUGAAUCGAUUAAUAAAGAUCAUUUAUCCAUUAAUCAAAGAAAAAAGUCGAAAAUUUUAGCCGGUAUUGGACAACGAUUAAAAAAUCAUCAAAAAACAAAUACAAUAAAUUCAAAUAAAGAUUUAAAUAAUAAUUUAUUCAAUAAUCAAUAUUCAUUUGAAAAUAAUUUUAAUAAUUGUAUAAUAACUGAAAUUCGUACAAUAAAUAAUGGAAAUAUAUUUAGUGAAGAUGAUUGGAAACGAAUUAUAACUAUUGCUGAAGGAAAUACAAAUGUUGAUGCUAUUGGACAAUUUGGUGUUGGAUUUUUUUCAGUUUUUUCUUAUUCCGAACAACCUAUGAUUGUAUCUGGUAAAAAUUGUUUAGUAUUUUCAUGGCAAAAUGGAAAAACAUUAGUAACAUUUCGUAAGGAAUUAUCCGAUGAUCAACAACAAUCUUCAACUUCAAUUAUUCUUAAAAUGAAAAAUAAAUAUAUUUUAAAAACAAAAUCAACUUUAGAAAUCAAUGAAACAUAUAACAGUCUUCAGACAUCAACAAAAUCAAAUAAAAAUAUACUUACAAAUGAAACCGUAUCUACAAUGGAUUUAAUACAACUGAAAUUUUUUUUUACAAAAAUUCUUUCCUUUACAAAAUAUAUCAAUGAAUUAAUUAUUAAAAUAAAUGGUUUAAUAGUUUUUCAAGUUAAUAAAACAAAACAAAAUUUAUCAACAAAAUUAUCAAUAGCAGCAAAUAAGUUUAUACUAAAUAAAACAUAUAAUUGUCUUCGAUUUAAUUCAUUGACACAAACGAAACAAAAAUUUUCUAUUCAUAAUGGUCCAUCAAUAACAUUUAAUCAUAUUGAUAUUCAAGCUGAAUUAAUCAUUGAUAAAAAUUUUCAUAAACAAAUUCAAAAUGUUCUUAAAAAGAAAUUAAUUCCAUUAAAAUUUCAUAAUCAAGAAAUUUUUCCAUCUGGUCAAAUAUUUAUUGGUUCAGCAACACAUCAAACAACAGGUAUUGGUAUGCAUUUAUUUACUCAUUUUAUUCCAACAAUUGAACGUGAAAAUAUUGAUCUACAAGAUCCAUAUAUUUCAAUUUGGAAUGAACAACUUCUUAUAUCAAUUGGAAAAAUUAUUAGAUUUAUUUAUGAUCAAACUAUUCUUGAUAUUGAUAAUAAUAUUCAACAGGAAAUCAAUCAACAACUCAAUCUUAUUCUUGCUUCCUAUGCAUUUCAAACAUCAGCACCAAAUAAAGAUAUUAGUUAG